CAACAGGCCUCUGACCUGAAUUCGCUCCACAGCAUCUACUGCAAAGCCUGCCAGCGCUCCAUGUGCUGCAUCUGCGCGGUCCUGGACUCCCAGCACAACGGCCAGCACUGCCACAUCCGGGAAGAAAUCGAGCGCCGGCAGCAGGAGCUGCUGAGCAUGAGCACGGAGUUGAGAGAGAAGAAGUCCUCCUAUGACCUGACCUGCAGCAACCUCCGGGAGCUGGUCAACAACAUGGUGGAGGUGAGGAACAACACCCAAGAGCGGAUCCAGCAGAAGGUGGCGGAGAUGCUGCGGCUGGUGCAGGAGAAAGGGGAGAGGCUCCUGGCGUCCGUGCAGGAGCGGCACCUGCGCCGCGUCCAGGACACGGAGGAGAAGCUCCACAACGUGGAGUUGGUGGGCCAGAGGAUGGAGUCCUGCAAGCAGCUGGUGGAGAAGAUGAAGCUCUACGCCUCCGACCAGGAGGUGAUGGACAUGUACCCUUUCAUCCGGGAGUCCUUGGAGGAGCUGCGGAGGAAAGAACCGCCCGUGGUGGAGACCCAGAUCCCGGUGGGGAACUUUGCCGACGUGGAGACCCAGCUUCAGGCGUUCUACGAAAGAGUGACGGAGGAAG